CAAAUAUCAACCUGAUGAAAGCCAACACAACCCAGUGUUGGCGAACCAGUCCUGGAGCCAGCCAACACUGGCUAACAUAACCUGAUGAAAGCCAACACAAUCUAGUGUUGGUGAACCAUGCCCCGAACCCUAAUUAGGAAAGGUGGAUAUACCCUUCCCUUUUUCCUCAUAUAUUUAAGCACGCGCACCCUUCAGAUAUUCUCUCUUUUACGCAAUGUCUUGACCCUGGUACUACACCUGUACCGCGCGAUCUAGUAGAUAGUUGACAAUCUCAUUAUUUCACCUCACGUAAUACUCGAGCAGAUCCCAUCUAUCAGUUUCGUGACAAAAGGUACCCUUAUUAAACAAUAUUUAAUGCUUUAAUGAUCAGUCCAGUAUUCUACUCUCAGAAACAGUAUACUAAUUCAAGAUAAUCCUUAUCCAGAGCCAUAUAAAGCUGGCGUUCGACUUUGGAUGCAAACUGUUUGAUAUAUUAUGUAAUUAUAAUGAGGGAAAGCGCAAUACCGCCAUUUAUGUGAGCUAGAGCCACGCCAAGCCCUGCCGCCUGCAUGCCGACAAUGAAAGAUGAGCUAGCUCAUGUAUAAAAGCGGCAGAGUCGUCGCUUGAGGCCUAUACACUUGUAUUUUGGUCUAAAGGUUAUUCCUACUAAAUCAAUAUGACUAGCAAUCAGUCACAUGGACAGCCCUUACAAGGGCAGUUAUCAACGAUGGAAGUGUUCUUUCCAGGCUUCUUUCGUUUCUCCCCCAUCGUCCAGAAAUAUACAAACAUAAACCUAGAUGCGGUAGUUCCUGUAUUGUGUAUCUACGCAUCACUGGCUUUCCUUUAUAAACAUAUAUCAAACUGGGUAGGGACGCAUCUCACUUCAACUAUUCACAUCUCUUGUAAUAGUGAGGUGCAUCAAAUGCUUCUUUCAUGGGUGUUGCGUCAGUCAUUUGCUCAAAAUUGCCGCUCAUCCCUCGUUAUUAUCGGCCUGGACGAGAGAAAUGGUGCUAUGAAGAAGCUUCUGAAAUAUUAUCCUUGGAAUGUAAAGUUGCUAUUUUGGUACAAGAAUAAUCUAAUUUUCCUCCGCCAUGUGGACAAAAGAAGUCAAGCCCCGUGGUUCCGAACACCAGAGGAAAUUUCGCUUUCCUGUUUUGGAUGGUCUCCGCAAAUUCUCAAGGAUCUCUUGGAAGAAUGUCGUCGAAAUUACCUAGUGGAACUGCAGGGUCAAACGGUCGUGUUUGAAGUCAAAGAUGGAAAAUGGCAACUGUCAGCCACAAGGGGCCACCGACCCAUGUCGACUGUCCUCCUCAACGCCGAAAUCAAAAACGCAUUGUUGGCCGACAUCACGAGAUUCCUUGGCCAAAAAACACGCGAAUGGUAUAAUAAGCGUGGCAUUCUUUAUAAACGAGGGUAUCUGCUAUACGGGCCUCCUGGAACCGGCAAAUCCAGCCUGAGCUUUUCGAUUGCCGGGCAUUUCGACUUAGACAUCUACAUUCUGAACUUGGCCAGUAUUACCGAUGAAAUAUUGGCUUCUUUAUUUGAAAAUCUCCCGCAGCAGUGUAUCGUUCUCCUGGAAGAUGUAGAUGUGGCUACUACAAAUCGAUUUAUCGAUAGAGAAUCAACUCAUUUCGACCCCUCCGCUAAUCUGGAAGAAAAGAAAUCACUAGGAGUCACUCUCUCUGGGCUGCUUAAUGCUCUUGAUGGUGUCGGAUCACAAGAAGGUCGACUACUUAUCAUGACAACUAAUUACCCCGACCGACUAGAUUAUGCGCUUAUCCGGCCUGGCCGAAUUGACCUGAAAAUAGAACUUCCGCUGGCUGAGAAGGCAAUUAUUAAUGAACUUUUCCAUAUCGUCUUCAAGGAUACCAAAAGUGAUGAGGUGAUCGAACGACUUGGUAACGAGUUUACUAGCCUUAUGCCAGAAUCGGAGUUCAGUCCAGCAGAGGUUCUCUCCCUUCUGUUAGAACAUAGGGACUCUCCCGAAAGUGCUAUUGCCGGAGUGGAAGCAUGGGUAGCUAGAAUUAGGGAGGAAAGGCAGAAAAAGCUGAAAAGAGAGUUUCUUGGGUGUAUGGGGAGUAGAUAUGGUGCGAAGAGCUGAAGUAGCAAGCAGAGCUCAAGCGAAAGAGAGCAGGCAGCAUUAUUUUGCAACCCUGAAAGCUCUUUGAUCAAGUAAAUAGCUUUUAAAGACUUAAUGGACGCUGAUCUGAC